AUGCAUAUGGAAGACGACGAUGAGACGAGUAGCCAAAUGCUGAAUAACAAUAGUAUUGCCAGCCUUCUCUACUGCGACGAAGACCCUCUCAACUCCUCCACCACGCCGCCUCGUCCUCCACCUCCACUCGGCCAGCAGCAGCAGCAGCAGGCGGCGUCACUGGUACUGGCAACGACCGUCGGAGAUGUGGAGGAAGAAGAUCAUCUGAAGGAGCUUCUUGUGGACCACAUGGCCAGGCAGCGCUUCUAUGCGCCCACCUGCAGAGGCGGCUACCUGGAGCAUCUGCUGCUGCCGCCGCCGCAGCAGCAGGGAUCCACACCACCGGAAGCAGCGAUCAUCCCUGGUAGUGGUACUGUGUCUGCCGCUCGCUCCAGAGGAGUGCACUACAUCAUCUAUGCAUUUGGUAGGUUGGGACUGACGGUGACGACGGUGUUCAAUGCAGUCAACUAUCUGGACCGAUUCCUCUCCAUCAACUGCCACCUGUGUUGGGAGGCGUGGAUGGUUGAAUUGGUGAGCGUGGCAUGCCUGUCCAUUGCGUGCAAGCUGGAUGAGGUCAAUAUCCCUUCACUCCACCAUCUCCAGAUGGAAGAGGUGAUGAGCAACUCGUUCCUGCCGGCGACGAUCCAGGACAUGGAGCUCACCCUACUCAAGGCGCUCCAAUGGCGCCUCGCCUGCGUCACUCCCUACUCCUUCCUCCAGCUCCUCCUUCCCCUGCUUACUCCUCACACCACAACAACUACUACACCCUCUCGCUGCAUUCGUCUCCUCAUCCGCUCCCUCACAGAGCCCUCGUUCAUCCGGUUUGAUCCUUCCGUUGUGGCCUCCUCUGCUCUUGGGUGUGUAGUGGCGCUGGAGGAUCAUCAAACUUAUGGCUAUAUCAGCCGCCUUAUUCGUCCACACUGCCCUGCAACUGCAAUGGACGAAGCAGACGACGGCGAUGAGUGUUUCAGGAUGAUGGAAACACUCUACGCAAGCUGCUGCUCGGAAUCGGAUUGGAAUUGGAACACUCAUCAUCAUCAUCAUCAUCAUCAUCAGCCGCAGCUGUACAGUAGUGAUGAUGAGCGGCUGCGGAGCCCUGUGUCAGUGAUUCGUCGUCCCUUGGAACUGGAAACAGCAGGCGGUGGUGGUGGCAGACUAAUCAACAGCAGAAUGUCAGCUGUUAGCCGCCGUCGCUUGUUUGGUUCAUCAGCAUCAGAAACUCAAGGCAGUACACAAUUGCAAGACGAUGGUGGUAAUACACACGUACGAGAUGAAGAUAUCUCUCUCUCACACACACACAACUAACUGACCAAAUAAAUUGAAACCAUUAUUACUCUGGAUCUGGGAGCACAGAACUCUAUAUAUACCAGCAUUAUAUAUACUGUUCCUUCACUUUACUGUAGCUAUUACCUCAAAUCACCUGCACAUUAGUACUUACUUACUUGCGUUGUAUGUCUUACUGUGUUAGUAAUAGCAUUCAUUCGUUUGUAAUAUCCAGCUGAUCCUUAGUUGCUCGAUCUAGUGCAACUGGUGGAACACGCACAUGUAUUUGUGUUGUGCGUGCUGUUUUAGUUUCAAGCUUUUUCUAAUCUUUUGUACAAGCUAUAAGCAGAUGUAUGGACCAUUU